GGUGAGGGGAUUUCGACCUGGACCCUUUCCAAGCGGGGCUUGAAGGUGGACUAUGAGGGGACUGAAAACUAGCAAGAGCAGGCUAGUCCGUGCUGCUCUGGCCGCGCCGGGGAGGCGGGCUGGAGGCUCUGAGGAGGAACCCAAGAAGCCACAGCCUCGACACACCGACCAGGCCGAAGGGGCGAGCUGCUAGCGCCGGACUACCCCAGCCGCCCAGAGAAGAAGGCGUGCAGCAACAGGCCUGAGCCCGAACCGCCCCAGGUUCCCUUCAGUUUGGCCAAGAGGCGGCCAGGCUGACAAAUUGCAGGCAAAGGACAAGCAAGGCUGGCCGGAGGCGGGCCCUCGCGCACCGGGGCCUUCCUCGAAGCCAAUGAGCAGUCGCAGUUUCCGGACGCCACGCCCAAUCUCCGCCCAGCUGGGGGGCGCCGCUUUUGACAGGGUGGGGGCGGACCCGGCGAGAGAAGCGAGCUGUCAGCUAGCUGCAAGUUCCGCCCCAGGCGCUCUGACCACGCCCUACGGUCAGUCACGUGAGGCGCCAAGAUGGCGGUGUCGCAGACCCAAACCGGGUCUCCAUUGAGGGGUGCUAGUAUGGUGCAGAUGGAAGAUAGAGAAGCGCCCCAGAACAUCAAGAUGGCAAUUUAUACACAUGGCCGGCUGAUUCCUUCUCUAGGAGAUGCAAAAUUCAGAAAACCUGUGAUCACCGAAAUCAUUAAAAAAAAGUUUGAAUAUUACACAAAAGAUAUUUUAGAUGUGCAUGGAAUUUUAUAUGGAACUAGUAGUGCUGUGUCUGGAGUACUGGCAAACUUCAUUUUCAGAAACAGUUUCAAGGUCCAACAUGAAGCUUUGAAGAGCUUUGCUACCUUAACUACCCUUCCAUUUUUAUCUACCGUCAUUACUUACAAACUCUUUGUAACUGAUGCUUUGCACUCAGGUAACUUAAGCAAGGAAAACUGUGUUCUGAGAAGUAUACUGAUUGGCUUUAUAUGUGGUGUUACAUAUCCCAGUGCUCUGGCUUUUUCUAAAAAUGGACAUUUGGCAGUUAAGUAUCAUACUGUUCCAAUGCCACCAAAAGGAAGAGUUGUACUCCACUGGUUAACCCUUUCUCAAACUGGGAUGAAAGCAAUGGCCAUUCCUCUAGUGUUUCAGGCAGUUUUUGGAAUGCUUCAUAGCUCACACCACUAUGCUGGAUGUGAAAGAAUGCGUGCAAAAGCUGGGCCUGAAGAUGAACCAAAGAAUCAGUAGAGGCCAGCUCGGCAGAAUGGACGUUUUUGUAAGGCCUCAGGCAUUGGUCAAAGAGUGAGAAGUAACUCUGCUCCUUUUGCCUAGCAUAUAUCAGAAUAUCAGAUACUCAGUAAAUAUAAAUGUAAAACAAA